UAAAAGACUUAUAAGAAUGUCUGAUUUGCUGGACGUUGAUGACAUUACCAUGGGCGAAUACAUGGAGGAAUUGGAUGUCGAAUGGCCUUGUUCGGAAAAUGGUCCUUCUGAACGAAAGUCUUCUUGGUUUUGGCUUCGUGAAGUAACUUCGCAAGAUGCAGAAAAUGGGAUGGAUGUGCAAGGAAUUACGUGGGAUUCUUUCAACGUUACUCGUCAGCGGUAUCGUGAAUUACGGCUCAUAGACUAUAAAAAUUAUGAGAAUGUUCAAAGAUCGCAUGACGAAAUCAAGAAGGAAAUUAAGCCUGUUCGAACAGAUUCCCAAUUUUACAAGUUCAAAUAUACCACGCUUUCACAUAAAUGUUCUAUUGUACAUUUUCAAUUGCGGAAUCUGCUAUGGGCAACCGGAAGAAAUGACGUGUUUUACACAUAUUCUUCACGUAUUGGAUACUGGAAUUCAAUAAUGAAAAAAUCCAAAGUAGCAUUGGAUCUUAAUUACAAUAAUCGUAACGCAGAAACUCCCUUCGAAAUCAGCACAAUCGCUUGCAAAGAUAAUUAUUUACUUGUUGGUGGGUUAUAUGGUGAAUAUGCGUGUCGAAGGCUCGAUGCAGAUCCUAUCCAUUUUGGAACAAUAACUACGGAUUCUAAUGGGAUAACAAAUCACAUGGAUAUUAUUGAAUCACGAACAGGAGGCAUUGUCGCAGUGAUAUCAAGCAAUGAUAAAAAAUCUCGAAUAAUGGAUCUCGCAACAUUGAAAUUUAUUGAUACUUAUGACUUUCAAUGGCCAGUUAAUUGCACAGCCGUGAGUCCAAAUAAAAAAUUAUUGUGUGUUGUCGGUGAUGAUACUGACACCGUAAUUGCAAGUGCAGACUCGGGAAAAAAUAUUGCGACUCUUAAAGGUCACAUUGAUUAUUCGUUUGCAUGCUGUUGGAGUCCAGACGGACGAAUUAUUGCAACAGGAAAUCAAGAUAAAACAACCAGGUUGUAUGAUAUGAGGAAUCUAUCCAAAGCGUUCAACGUACUGGGUGCGAAAAUAGGUGCCGUGAGAUCACUUCAUUUUUCUGAAGAUGGACGUUAUUUAGCUAUGGCAGAACCAGCUGAUUUCGUGCACAUAUUCGAUGCACAUACUUUUGAUCGAUCUCAAGUAAUUGAUUUGUUCGGUGAAAUUGCGGGUGUCACUUUUACUCCGGAUACAGACGGAUUAUACAUAGCAAAUGCCGAUGAAAACUAUGGGUGUGUCUUGGAAUAUGAAAGGAGGCAUUCGGCAAAUCACUUAGAGAAUAUUUUCCUAUAA